ACUCCAUUUCCCGGCAUGCACCGCUCCCCCCGCCCCAAAGUUCCGCUUUGCCCCCGCCCCCCCCGUCCCGGUUGCCACGUCGAGGGUCGCCCGGCCGCGCGGGACCAGGGCAGCCCCCGGGCGCCGAGCACCAUGGCCGGGAAAGCCGGCUCGGAGCAUCCCUUCACCCCGCCCGCCGAGCACGAGGCUGCGGGACCCCUCGGCACCAAGAUCUCCAUCCCGGCCCUGCUGCCCCAGGGCCCCGCCAAGAAGUGGCUGGAGCAGCGUCGGGCCGCCCUGCGCCCCUGGGCCACCUUCGCGGACCAGCGCCGGUUCGGGAAGCCCCGGAACUUGGGGGAGGUCUGCCAGCGCCUGGCGCGGAACGUGGAGUAUUUCCAGAGCAACUACGUCCUCGUCUUCCUGGGCCUCGUCCUCUACUGCCUGAUCACCUCCCCCCUGCUCCUCGUGGCGCUGGCUGUCUUCUUCGGGGCCUGUUACCUCAUCUACCUGCGAACCCAGCAGUCCCGCCUGGUGCUGUUCGGCCGGGAGCUCAGCAUGGCUCACCAGUACGGCCUGGCUGGGGGCGUCUCCUUCCCCUUCUUCUGGCUGGCGGGGGCCGGAUCUGCCGUCUUCUGGGUGCUGGGUGCCACCCUGGUGGUGAUCGGCUCCCACGCUGCCUUCCAUGAGCUGGAGUCAGGGGAGGCUGACGAGCUGCAGAUGGAGCCUGUGUGAUGGGGGUUCUGGGGCCCCCUUGCCAGCCCCUCUUCUGGCAGCACCUGCUGGGGUUCUGGGGCCCCCUUGCCAGUCCCCCUUCUGGCAGCACCCCCUGGGGGGGCAGGGACCCGCCAGAUCAUGGUCACUCUUUGCUGCCAUUUCUACCAACCUCUCAGACAUCCCCGCUCCCCGGAUCCCCCCACUUCUCCCUUUCUGGGCUUCCCUCUUCUGGAGUUCCCACCUGAUUUCCCCAGCCCCCAAAGUCCCCCACUGUAGGGGUCCUGCUCCGGACCAGGGUGUCGCUUUCACGGUCCCCCGUUUCCUCACACUGUCAAUUUGACCCUGGGCUUCCCGCACUGCUGCCCGGGCUGGGGUCACCCCGCCCCCCAUUUCACCCCCAGGAGUGACUCUGUGUCUGUGUCUUUCCCCAUUAAAGGCAGUGUUGGGGAGUGGA